AUGAUACCAGCAGUGACCGCCAAAUAUGACUGGAUCCUCGCGAUCACCACCAUUGCAUUCGUCUUCAGUGCUUUUGGAAACGGUGCCAACGAUGUCGCCAAUUCAUACGCGACCUCCGUCGCUGCGCGUACUCUAAAUAUGGCCACGGCUGGUGUGCUCGCGAUCAUUACAGAGUUCGUCGGUGCUGUUGCGUUGGGUGCACGUGUCACAUCCACAAUCAAGAACGGUAUCAUUGUGAUUGAUCGGUUCGAAGGGAAACCCGGCGCUCUGAUGCUGGCCAUGGGCUGCGCCGAGAUCGGCAGCGCAACUUGGCUGAUUAUAGCAACUCGCAUGGGCUUCCCGGUGUCAACCACUCAAACUGUGGUCGGUGCUCUCAUCGGGGUCGGAUUUGCCAGUGAGGCCUCGGUAACUUGGGCCUGGAAGAAGGGAAGUGUAUCCCAGGUGGCUGCGUCCUGGGGUAUUGCACCUCUCAUUGCUGCUGGAUUCACUGCCAUCAUUUUUGCCACACUCAAGUACAGUGUUCUUGAGCGUCGGGAUCCUCUGAAAUGGGCCAUGCGCCUUAUUCCCUUCUACUUGGCAACCACUGGUGCCAUUCUGGCUCUCUUCAUUGUUGUUGAGGCCCCCACUGCACCUUCCCUCGAGGAAUUUGGUGCUGGUAAAGCUGCGGGCAUCAUCAUCGGUGUGUUUGUCGGCUGCCUCCUCAUCGCUUACGUGUUUUUCAUGCCCUACUUCCAUCGCCGUCUCGUGAAAAAUGACACCCGUGUCAAGUUCUACCAUCUUCCCAUGGGCCCCCUCCUAUUGUGGGAGAAUGUGUCCCUGUACUUCCCAAGCAAAAGCGAAAAAGCCGUCAUCAACUACUACGAGGGUGCCUACGGCGAAGUUCUUGCCGGUCAGAAGGAUGCCCAUAAGCGAGCGGGGGCCGAGAACACGGACGGAACGGCAGCCUCACCCGAUAUCGUUGGAAACAAGGGCCCUACCGAACGAACCGAUGGUGACGAAGAGAAGAAUCUGAACUCCCUGAACUCGUCACCGGAGAUCAAGCCGCGAAAGAAGCAUCUGGAACCAAAGGAACGCUUUAUCGAUCCAGUUCGUGACCUGCCUUGGACGAGCCCCAAGAAGCAUCUGGGCUACUUGAAAUGGUUCUUCUUACAAGGCGUCACCCGAGAUGUUGUUACUCACGAUUCGGCUGCUCUUCGUGCGAUUCAUGCUCGUGCUGACCGAUUCGACGAUCGUGUUGAGCAUCUAUGGACGUACUGCCAAGUGGCCUCGGCUAUCAUGAUGUCCAUCGCUCACGGUUCCAACGAUGUUGCCAACGCGGUUGGGCCCUGGGCUGCCGUCUAUAGUACCUACCAUGCCGGUGUCGUCGAGACCAAGGCCCCCACGCCUGUGUGGUUCCUGGUUGUUGCCGGUCUACUCCUUGGUAUCGGCUUCUGGUUCUUCGGUUACCAUAUUGUCCGAGCCCUCGGAAAUAAGAUUACUCAGAUGUCUCCGACCCGUGGGUUUAGCGUUGAGCUCGGAGCAGCCAUUACUGUCCUUUUGGCCUCUCGACUGGGACUGCCUGUGUCCACGACACAGUGUCUCACUGGCGCUUCGAUGGGUGCUGCGCUCAUGAAUUAUGAUCUGGGGGCUGUCAAUUGGAGACAGUUGGCAUGGAUCAUGGCUGGCUGGGUUCUUACUCUUCCUUGCGCUGGACUUGUUUCUGGAUUGAUUUGCCUGAUGGCACUCAACACACCUCACCUGUAG